AUGCCUGCGCAUCUGAGGGAGAGUCUGAAAAUAGCCAUACAAGCUUGCUUAUCAGACACCUCUGCUCAAUUUAAGAGUCAGGAACCUUCCUCCUCAGUUGAAACUGCUUCCUUUUCAUCUCUGCACUUCACCAAUCAGACGCGAUAUUUGACUCACGGUUACGAUACUCCUAAAGAUAUUCAUCCUUUGUACCUGAUCAACGCCGAAGGGGGAAGGAUGAAUCAUAGUCAACUUCUAUGUUAUCCUUCUGAAGACAUUCAGAAACUAUCUGGGCCUUACGCGGAUCUUAAACAGAGUUUGGAGGGAGUGCUACGUUGGGUAGUUGAGAAGGUUUUGCUCAUCCAUCCUCACGUCUUUCAAGAACUUGUGGCUUCGGUAGAUGUCCUCCCCUUGCAAGACACAUCUCCGGUCUCUCCUUUUACCAGCAUUAUGUUUAACAUCAACGUCGGAACUCUGGCACACCGCAACCAGAAUGACAAAUCUGCUUGCAUUUGUAUAACUGUGGGUAACCCCAAAGGAGGAGAAUUAGCCUUCGGUACUAGGGGAUCUAUAGUUGUUCAUGGGGAUAAAACAGGAGUAUUGUAUCAGAAAGACGGUUUUGGCUGUACUCAUGAAACUCACGAAACUCUGACAGAGAAAGAAGCUAGUUAUCUCCUAAGGAUAGCUGAUGCUCAACAAACUUUAUGUGCUACCGAGCAAGCAGCUUUAGAUCAGAAAAUUCAAAUAACUAAGCUUAUACUGGAACUUCACCUCUGUCGCCAAAACAAACUUUGUUUAGAAAACUCUAAAGCUAGGAGAACAGCCUUGAAUAUGCAAGAGAUCUUGAACGACUACGGGAAAAGUGGCAUUCAAGGAUUGUACUCUUUAGAUGGCUCUUCUCACCAGCCCAAGACUUAUCCUGCUACGGCUCCAAGCUCUCCUCCCUCCAUGAGACUGGAUAUUGGUGAUGAUAGCAAUAGUGAUAGCAAUAUGGGUAGUGAAGCUUACAGAGGAGAUGAUUGUGAUAUGGAAGAGCCUUGGGAAGAGAACACUGAAACAACUUCCACGAAAGAGGGAAAGGACCAGAAUACAGAAAUUCUUUACUUGGAUCAAGGACCAGAGUGUUCCAAUAUGGAGGUGCUACAGGAGGGCUUGUAUUGGAUUGAGAGACGAAAUUUAUGUUAUCUGGGGAAAGUGUGGAGCGGAGCACGUCGAGAAUUAAACGGGGACGAGGAAGUAGGGGAGGCAAGUCAACCACUCAAAGUAAAGGACGAAAAACUUCUUCUGAGCAGCCCCCUACUCCUAAGUCUCUGCCUACGAUUUCUCCAACUAUGGUUUCUCCUACCUCUGGAUAUCCUCCCCCUCUUCCUUCCAUGGGUCAUCAAGUGCCUCUUCCAUCAAAGGCCCCCAUUUCCGAAGCUAUUCGAAGAGAACAAUCAGAUAUUGUAA